AUGUUUCUUCUUCUCGUCGUCGUUUGUCACUUUAGAGCUACUUCUUCUUCUUCUCUGCUAAACCUUUCUCUCGAUUUGAUUACUUUUCUUCAGUAAGGGUUUGCAAAGAUGAAGCUUGAUACUAGUGGGUUCGAGACUUCCAUGCCUAUGAUUGGAUUUGGCUCGAGCAGUGAUAUGCUUGAUGAGCUUUCUUCUGUGCCCUCGUUUGAUCUACCUCGUACAAAAGAGUUUGAUGGAUUUCAGAAAGAAGCUAAAGACAUGUUGAAGCAUGCAAAAGGAACAACCACUCUCGCUUUUAUCUUCAAAGGUGGUGUUAUGGUCGCUGCUGAUUCUCGGGCUAGCAUGGGAGGAUAUAUUUCCUCACAAUCUGUGAAGAAGAUUAUUGAAAUCAAUCCGUAUAUGCUCGGUACGAUGGCUGGAGGAGCUGCUGACUGCCAAUUCUGGCACAGAAAUCUUGGAAUUAAGUGCCGUCUACAUGAGCUGGCAAACAAGAGGAGAAUCUCUGUGUCCGGAGCAUCAAAACUACUUGCGAACAUGCUCUAUUCAUACCGUGGAAUGGGACUUUCUGUUGGCACAAUGAUUGCUGGAUGGGACGAAACUGGUCCUGGACUAUACUAUGUCGACAACGAAGGAGGACGGCUCAAGGGAGACAGGUUUUCAGUCGGUUCUGGUUCACCAUACGCUUACGGUGUACUGGACAGCGGGUACAAAUACGAUAUGUCAGUUGAAGAAGCUUCGGAGUUAGCGAGGAGAUCAAUCUACCAUGCGACAUUCCGUGAUGGAGCCAGUGGUGGAGUUGCUAGCGUGUACCAUGUUGGUCCCGAAGGAUGGACGAAACUAUCAGGAGAUGAUGUUGGGGAGCUACACUACCACUACUACCCCGUGGCACCAGCUACCGCAGAACAAGUCAUGGAGGAAGCAACAGCCGAGUAAAAGACAUGUUUAGUUUUCUAAUCAUUCACUCCCUUUCCUGUUGUUGCAUUUGUGGUAGUACAUACUGAGUUGUCUCUAGCUGAAGCUUUGGUAUUCUAUUUUACUGAUCUGAAAUGUUGCUCGCAACUUAUUCUCUAUGAGAUUCUCUUUUUUCUGCAAUCACAUGGUCUCAAACAUCAAUUUAGGGAAUUUUAAUAUUUUUGCACAAAUUUUAGUUAAUUUGUUAUUAUAUUUAUCCUAAUCGAAAAUAACUGCUAAGGUUAACU